GGGGAUGACCGUAGUGGGCCAACCUGUCGGUGCCUCCGCUGUGCGCCUCGCUACCCCGGCCCCUUCCUCCGCCGGCGGCUGGCGGCGUGGACGCCUCCUCGCCGCACCGCCCGGCACCAGACCGCCGCCGCCUUUCCCCCGCCCACCUCGAACUUCGUCGACGCGACGCCCCCAUCCCGACUUGGCCCAAACCGCCUGCGACCACGUAGCAGCGCCCAACUGCGCACGGCGGUGGCUUGGUGGCAGCGUAGAGUGCUGGAUGCGGCUCAGGUCGGGAGAGGCAGCCACGCUCCGAUUCGGUGGCGGACGAUACGGUGGAUGAGCGAGAUGAGCAGGAGGUCAGAAUCUAGCGGGGAGGAGCUCAAUUUCUGUUGCCGGGGCUCGAUUCCGUGGUCCGGCACUGCGACAUUUGCAUGGCGCCACCACGGCCUUCACCUUCGCUCCCGGCGUGGGCGACGGCCAACGCCCUCUUCCGCCGCCACCGCCGCCUGCUGCCGCUCCUCCUCCCCGCUGCCUCCCUCCGGGACCUCCUCCCCGUUCUGUCCUACUGCCUCGUCUCCGGCCUCGCUCGCAACCCCUUCGUUGCCUCCCGCCUGCUCCUCACGUCCUCCGGCCUAUCCCUUCCCUUCUCCCUCCUCCUCCUCUCCCAUCUCCCGGCCUCCUCCCUCUCUUCGUUCUCCUUCAACUCCCUCAUCCGCGCCUCCCCGUCCGUCCUCGCGCUCCGCCUGUUCGACCAAAUGCGCCGCCGAGGCGUUCCCGCGGACCCAUACACCCUCCCGUUCCUGAUCCGCGCCUGCAACGGCAGUGAUCCUCCGCUGUGCAAGUCUCUGCAUGGGCAAGGCGUCCGUCUUGGCUACGGCUGCCACCUCUUCACGCAGACGGCGCUGAUGAACAUGUACUUCGCCUGCGGGUCGGUGGUCGCCGCUCGCAGGGUGUUCGAGGAAAUGCCGGCGAGGGAUGUGGUUGCAUGGACGGGCCUGGUUUCAGGUUAUGUAGACUCCGGGAUGUACCUGAAAGCAGUUGAGGUGUUUCAGGAGAUGAGAGGUGCUGAUGAUCUCGUGUGGCCUAAUGAGGCAACGGUGGUGUCAGUUGCCUCUGCCUGCACCGGUCUGGGCUCACUGGAGUAUGCCACGGGGCUGCAUUCAUAUGUGGAAAAGAUUGGCUUGGAGGGCAAGUUGAUUGUCAAGAAUGCAUUGGUUGACAUGUAUGGGAAGUGUGGCAGCAUUGAGUCAGCUCGUAGAUUGUUUUGUUUGAUGUGCGAGAAGGACCUGCAUUCAUGGACAGCAAUGAUUUCAGGGUUGGCUUCGCAUGGGCAUGGCAAAGAAGCAGUUGCCUUGUUCUUCAGCAUGUUGGAGGCGGGAUUAAAUCCUGAUUCGACUACCUUUAUUGUGGUUCUCUCUGCUUGUAGCCAUUCUGGAUUGGUGGAUGAGGGGAUACAUGUCUUCAAUUCCAUGGAGAGUGAGUAUCGUGUCUCUCUGAGCAUCAAACACUAUGGUUGCAUGGUGGACCUUUUCAGCAGAGCAGGGCUUAUUCACCGUGCUUAUGAAUUCGUUAGCACUAUGCCUUUUGAACCAAACUUGGAGAUUCUUGGGGCCCUGCUGAGUGCAUGCAGUAUCAACAAUGAAUUAGAGAUUGGGGAGCUCGUGCUCAAUAAGAUUGAGUCAGUCUGCUCCUACAAAGGAGGUGCUGGUGUGCUUCUGUCCAACAUGUAUGCUAACCAAAACCUGUGGCAGGAAGUUGAUACCAUUAGAAGGAAGAUAAAAACUGAAGCAAUUGCCAGGAAGCCACCUGGUCAGAGUUUGAUUGCAACAGAAGUUCUUUGCAUGAGUUGGUGAUUAGUAAUUGAGCGGAUUCACUUUUGAUGAAGCUGCUGCUCCUGAUUUUGGUCGGAUGAUGAGUACUCUAUGUAUCUGGGGAUGGGCAGCUUCAGGGUGUUUGCUUUCUACGACUCUGUAGUCCAGCCGAAAUGGAAGGUGUUGUUGCGAGGAGGGUGAUCCCUUCGGACAAUAGCUGCCUCUUCAACGUUGUAUACGUGAUGGAACACAACCGGAAUAAGGCUUCUGAGCUCAGACAAGUUACUUCCUUGACCAAAUGUUUAGCAGUUAUAGCAGCAACAGUUGUUGGUGAUGCUCAUGAUCCUGAAAAGUUCAACGAAGUGUUUCUUGGCAAACCAGAGAAGUGCUUGGAUUUUGGGUCCUGAAAAUUUGGGAGAGUUUCAGUACUAUCAAUUUGCCAUCAUAGCAGUCUGUUGGAACCCAGUUGCCAAAAUGCCAUCCUUGUGACAUCCCAAGCUUACAUCUGAUACUACAUAAAUAGCUGGGACUUGAUAGCUCAUGAUUCCUCAUAAGGCAUGUCCACUAUAAAUGUAUGAACCUCCAUUACAAGCCCACGACUUAGUUUUAAAAGUUUUGGCAAUGGUGCCUUUAUUCUCCUGCGGCUCCUGAUAUUAGACAGCUCCGCAAAAUCUGGUUCCAUCAUUCCAUGUCUAGGAACUUUGUGUGAGGCCCCAUUGCCAGCACAAUCGGCCUCUAUCCACAUAAUAGCAGAUUUUUAGAAAGACAUGGCGAAAAAUAUCAAUCAACACUUCCUUUCAUUUUUCCUGAUGGUGUAGUAUAUUCCUUCUUUCUGCAUUGAAAUGCAUAUAACACGCCUUUUGAGUUCUUGCAUUGCUGAAAACUCGAAAUUACCGUGGCUUUGACUUGGACAAAAUAGUGGGUAUGUGAUGCUUGGAUAAACCACAAGAAUAUCAACUAACCGCUUUUCGUUUGCUUUACCAGACAGGGUACUGGUUCUCCUAGAAACAUUUUUUCCAGAAUAGCCCGCCUUGCGUCCAUGGCAACAUUACAAAUCCAUUCUAAGAUGCGCGCUGAGCCUUCCCCACCAACAAAGAAGCCCGGUCAGAACAUUAACCUUACCCCCCUUUCCUUAGGCAAGAGCACAUACAACCUCUUUUCACUUCCCGGGUAAAACACCUGCAGAUGAGGAAUGUUUACUGCCAUCUUUCGUCAUGCUUCCUGUUCUAGGAGGCUGUACAGGGGAGGGGGCUGAGGCUGGGGGCCAAGGACAGGAACAACCAAACGAUGUUGUAGGAGGCUGAGGCUGAGGCUGAGGCUGCGGCCCCUGGUCUGGUGGUGAGCACCCGCACGCAAUGUGGGAGGCACUUGCUUGCGGGAUCGGAUUCCCACACCCACCGAGGAAACGGUUGGACUCGCCCUCGGGGCAGAUCGCCUCAGGUCGCGGCUCUUUUCUUUCCCUCUCGCCUUAUCCGAUCCGAACGCGUAGUAGUGAGGCACUGGUUUCUUCGGCCAUCGCAGCUUCGAGCUAGUAGCAUCAUACGGAGUACUUAUCACUGCCUUUCUGCUUAUAGCC